UUCUUAGAAGUUGCCUCUGUUUUGUCACAACUCCAGUAGACCAGUAGUAUAAACAAGCAGAGCUACCCUCCCAUUUCAAUGGCGGCUCAACAAUUCAAACUCCUUAAAGUCAACUUCACCUCCACCAAACACGCCCUUAUCCUCCCCACUCCAUCUCCCCUCACCACCAAUCCAUCUCCAUUAUGUCUCGACCAAACACGCCCUUACUCUUUUUCUUCCUCAUGUUCUUUCAGUUAUGUCAAGCUCAGCGAAACGACAGCGUUUCGUGCCCGCUCGACUUCGACGUGCUCCGCCGCUUGAUUCAGGGGUACAAGCCGCCGUCCGGCGACCGGUGUCAGUUCAUUCUCGAAGGUCUUCGGCUUGUCCAGUCUGAUUAUUUGAAACGGACUGACUCGUUCCUCCCCCGAGUCGACUCGGCCGAGUCGUGCUGGAACGCCUACCAGGCGCUUUACAAUCAGUUCGUGCCGAAUUUCGAUAUUCGGAAGAACUGCGGGUUCCAAACGGACUGGAUUUCGCGAGGCUGUAAAAAUAUCACCAGCCGAGCCGAGUACGAGGCGAAUAAUUCGCCGCAGACUCUAGCGGCUGUGUCCACGGCUUGUAAUCAGUCUUUAUUAAACAGCUCGCCGUGCGCCACGUGUACUACGAGCUUGUCGAGUUUGCAGCCGUCCGAUUCGGUUAAUAACACGGUCGGAAAUGUCUCGGAUUGCACUGCGUAUCGGUCGAUUUACGCAGCUGCUUUCGCCAAUUCGUUUGGUCCGGAUGAUAAAGGAAAUGCCGAGUGUUUGUUCUCUUUGAAUUUUACCCCGGUGAAAUCGAGUAAUAAUAAACAGAAGAAAGCGGUUAUUGCCGUUGUUGUUGUUCUAGGGUUUGUGGUUUUGGUAUUAUGUGGUAGCGCGGUGUGGUUGAUUAGAAGGAAUAAAUUGAAGAAGAAAAUUAGGCAACGAGAAAUUACGAGGAGGUGGAGUGAUUUGAAUAUGAAUACGAGUAAUUCGGCUUUGGAGUCGAUUAAUAGUAGCACGACGUUGAUUCGUUUCACGUUUGAUGAAAUUAAAGAGGCGACUAAGAAUUUCUCUAGGUUUAAUAUAAUUGGGAGGGGAGGGUAUGGGAAUGUUUAUAAGGGCGUUUUGUUUGAUGGCUCUGAAGUUGCGUUGAAGAGGUUUAAGAAUUGUUCUGCUGCUGGUGAUUCGAGUUUUGCUCAUGAGGUUGAGGUUAUUGCUAGUGUUCGCCAUGUGAAUCUUGUGGCGUUGAGAGGGUAUUGUACUGCCACUACUAAUUUUGAAGGGCAUCAGAGGAUUAUUGUGUGUGAUUUAGUGAAGAAUGGGAGUUUACAUGACCAUCUUUUUGGCUCGAUUGGGAGUAAAUUGAGCUGGCCUGUUAGACAAAAGAUUGCGCUUGGGACUGCCAGAGGAUUGGCGUAUUUGCAUCACGGGGCACAGCCGAGUAUCAUUCAUAGGGAUAUUAAAGGUAGUAAUAUACUUUUAGAUGAGGAUUUUGAGCCGAAGGUGGCUGAUUUUGGUCUUGCUAGGUUUGCUCCUGAAGGAGUGACUCAUGUGAGUACUAGAGUCGCUGGAACAAUGGGAUAUGUAGCACCUGAGUACGCGUUGUAUGGACAAUUAACAGAGAGAAGUGAUGUUUAUAGUUUUGGCAUUGUGCUUCUUGAGCUCUUGAGCGGGAAAAAGGCACUCAUGAUGAAAAACGACGAGCAGCAUGCUCUUGUGGCAGAUUGGGCAUGGGGGCUAGUGAGGAGUGGGAGAGCUUUAGAAGUUAUCGAGGAAGACAUUCCAGAAUUAGGGAGUUUAGAAGUUGUAGAAAAGUACGUGUUGCUCGCUGUGCUUUGUUCUCACCCUCAGCUAUAUGCCAGGCCUACAAUGGACCAGGUCGUAAAAAUACUGGACAUGGGUUUAGCAGUUCCAACGAUCCCAGAAAGACCGAUUCCUCUCACUGCAGGGAUCGAUGAUAUUGAGAAAUCUGUUAGCGGCCAUUGGGGGUCUGGCCGAGUGUCUAGCUAUUCAAGAUUGCAAGCCAUUAAACUGGUAACUGAUAACUCUACGUAAUUUUUCCCCAUUCAUGUUUCUCAUAGCGAUCACAAAUUCACAAUGUAGAUUACUAAAGCGCUUAAUUUAAAUUUCAGUGUAGCUGAAAUGUGAAAUUCACGUAGAGAUAUGGUAGAUAGAUCUUCACAAUGUAAAUAUAUACCACAAGAAUGUAUAGAGAAAGUAGUCCUUAGUGAUGAAUGUUUUUCCACUGUGAGUUCUAGUUGUACGUUAUUUAUGUUGCAUCAAAUUUUCAUCAA